ACGUACCGGAAAAGAUUCCUCAUAGGUGCGGAUGCAAAGAUGGCGGAAGAGGAGAGCCAGUUUGAAGCAUUUGAGCAAAUAGACUUUUUAAGAGAUAGACAUGUACGGUUCUUCCAGAGAACACUUCAGAUAUUACCUGAGAGAUACGCCUCGCUGGAAACAACCAGGUUAACGAUCAUAUUUUUUGCCCUGUCUGGUCUCGAUGUGCUGGAUGCUCUGGAUGUGAUUGAUAGGAAUACCAUGAUUGAGUGGAUCUACUCGCUACAGGUUCUGCCCACAGAGGACCAAGCGAACCUUAGUCGUUGUGGCUUUCGAGGAUCGUCACAUAUUGGAAUUCCUUACAGCACUAAGGGUCCAGGUGUGCUCCAUCCAUAUGACAGUGGCCACGUAGCCAUGACCUACACCGGGCUGUGCUCGCUGUUAAUACUGGGAGACGACCUGAGCCGUGUGAACAAACAGGCCUGUCUGGCUGGUCUCAGAGCACUGCAGCUGGAGGACGGCAGUUUCUACGCAGUGCCAGAAGGAAGUGAAAAUGAUAUACGGUUUAUCUACUGUGCAGCUAGUAUCUGUUAUAUGCUGGAUGACUGGUCAGGCAUGGACAUCCAAAAGGCCAUUGAGUACAUCAGAGGAAGUUUGUCGUACGACAAUGGAUUUGGCCAGGGAGCCGGGAGAGAGUCACAUGGCGGCUGGACGUACUGCGCCAUAGCCUCUCUGUGUCUAAUGGGUCGACUGGAGGAGGCGCUGAGUCAGCGAGAGCUUGACAGGAUCCGGCGCUGGUGCAUCAUGAGGCAGCAGAGCGGCUUCCACGGGCGCCCCAACAAACCUGUAGACACAUGCUACUCCUUUUGGGUGGGAGCUACGCUAGAGCUGUUAGAUGUUUUCCAGUAUACGAACUUUGACAAGAACAGGAGCUUCAUCCUGUCCACGCAGGAUCGGUUGGUGGGGGGAUUCGCCAAGUGGCCGGACAGCCAUCCAGACCCUCUCCAUGCCUACUUAGGACUGUGCGGUUUGUCUCUGAUCGGAGAGCCCAGUCUGAGGAAGGUCCACCCAGCUCUUAACAUCACCCAGAGAGCCUUUCAGCAUGUCCAGCAGCUGCAGCAGACAUGGAGGGACAGCACCGGCAGCUGUAGCAGACAGCACUGACAGCAGGAUGAUCCACAGCUCUGCCUCUGAACAGGUUCAGUAACCGGGAAACAUCUAACAGUAGUCAGUCAGAGGCAGCUGGACUUUUGCUGUGUGUCUUGAAGACGUUUGGCCGCUCAUCUGAGAGGCCUCAGGAAUCAGGAAGGUUUUUAAGACCCCAGUUACACAGUAGUAACUUCGGGGAGCUAAUUUUAAGUCCAUCUAAAGUGACUUUUCUGUUAAGCAAUAUACGCCACACUUUUUUUUUGCUGCCUUUUUAUUAUUAUACUUUAGUAAAUAAUGUGCAUUGUGGUUUGUGGAGAUGAAAUUAUGUGCCAGAAAGUAAAAUUUGAGUCACUGGAGACUCGAAGAAAUUCCAGAUGCCUCAAUUUUGCAAACUUUUUAGAUGCAGUUUUGGAAGCGUCCUGCUCCGCUUUAUAGUCAACAACCACAAUCUGCAGUUAACCUUCCUAGCCAAGGAUGAACUGACUCACCUCACAAGGACAUAAGAAACAAAGUAAACGUUAUUCACUGAGAGCCCAAGGACGGCUUAGGGAACAGCUAAUUUGUGUCUUUAAAUGGUUCUGCAGUAACUGGUGGCUUCAGUAGCUGGAAGUGAGUGGGCUGGUGUAAUUUUAUGUGAAUCAACUAGAUACAUGUCCCUGUAUAUUACAAAAAUAUAGCAAAUAAGUUUCUCAUUUUUGUUCAAAAACCGCUAUCAGCCCAGAGGUAAUUUUGGGGGUGAAAUUUGGACACAGUUGAGACAGAAUCACUUUAAGAUUAACAUCCUCAGACAAAAAACAGCCCAUGGCACUCUGCUCCCUAUACGAUAUGUUUUGCCUCUCUGCCCCUCUAACAUCUCCAUCCUCACGUUGCUCUUGAAUCUCUUCAAAGCCUCGAGCUCUCCAGUCCCAAAGGUGAUACCAGCCAUGUUUCUCACUUCAGCUCCCUGCAGUUUCACCACUACAGGCCUUGUUCAGUGGUCACGAGAGACUUAAAUGAUAAUAGAACCGCUGGGGUGAGAUCCAUAGAAAAGGCAGCUAAGAGCCAACAACCACCCCAACAGACAAAUCUAUAACUAAAGAAAAAAAAUCAAAAAGUCGUAGAAAGAAGAUAAAAAAAAAAAUAGUUUAUCUCCAGGCUUUAUCAUUUCAGAUCACAAAAAAUAUAAUUUAUUGUUUACAUUUUUCCAGAGGCUAACAGAAAAAUAGAUUGGGCCUUUUAAAAAAGAGGGUAAAAUCCCUUUCCUAAGGUAGUAACUUUCAAUUUUAGCAGCAUAUCCCUCUGACUCCUGAACCCUGAACUGAUCCCAGUAACAUACCCUCCUUCACCAGCAUCAGCACUCCCUGUAAGGCACUAGUCAGCCUGAAAUCAAUAGGAGAAAGAUGAGGCAGUGGCUUCAUAACUUGGGGGAAUUUAUUCUUCUGAACCGCGCUGGGAAUUGACAUGUUAUUUUCAGAACAGAAAGGACGCAGGGCAAAAAACAAAGAACAAUGCACAUGAGCAGAAUGUGCCAAAGAGAGUCAGGUUACGGAAACAACUGUUAUCCAACACAACGCGUCCCUUUGAGUCCUACAAGCCCACUGUCACACAGCUCACUCAAGCAACCUUUGCGCCUUCUUUCCCUUGAGCUCAGCUAUAGUUUUAUAUCCUAAUAAGAUCCUUGAACAUGGUGACACAUAGUGAACUGAAGUUGAGCUGUUCCUCUUGACACAUUAAUGCUCUGAUAUCCAGUAAGGGACAUUUCCAGUUUCACAGGUUCCUCCAUUACCCCUGCUGAAGCCACACCCUUUCAUUAUAAGACACUGUCACAGCCAACACCUGCUCCCUGAGAUGACAAGUGAGGAGACAACAACACUGCAGAAAUACAGUGGCCUGUCUCCAACAUGUUACCUGCGGGAGUUCACUGUGUUUAGCACCAGCUCUGACUGGAUAUGAAAAUAUAAUAUCGCCUCCGUGGAUUUCCUUCCACCAUCUAAAAUGAAGCUGUACUUGGCCUUGUCUCCCUUCCCGCCAAGUUGCCCUCUUUUUUCAGACUUAGAAAGCAGAGCAGGCAGACAGAGGAAAGCAGAUCGGAGGAGAGGAGAGGAGAGGUGAAUAAAUAAAUAAUUUGACACAUCUAUUAUUAAAAGUGAACUGUCGGAGGCUGGAUUCUCCUCUCUGAAACCUCAACCAAACCCCCAGUGUUAUAUAGCCUUAUUUUGGUGCACAACAAUUGCUUUUUAGCCAACUAUAUCUUAUAUUGCUGUGUUGUUUUAUGUUGCUGUUUUGCCUAUAAGACGGAAGGCUUUGCUACAGUUCCUCUUGACGACUUCUCUCCUGCCAUUAUAUUUUAUGUUUCUGUUAGUUACCAUAAAAUAUUUUUAAUAAUUUCACCUUUGGGAAAGUUCAGCUAUGACUUUCAUUACUGCUGCUGAAUUGAGCCUCAGACACACAAAUACAAGCUCAAUGAAAUUAGAUUAAGAUAGUUAUUCUCCGUAUAAUAUUCUGGUACCAAUCUAUUUUGUAAAUUAGUCCUAAAUCUGAGAGUCAAAAAUGCACUGAACGGGAACGACCACGUCUCCCAUGCAUCUUCUUUUACUACUUUACAACCCUCCUUUGCUGGGUCCUUUAGUGUACAUAGGCCAAGUCACAUGGCGAGACCACGCUCUCAAACAUGACUCUGAAAUGUGCCUCACGUAGCAUUGUUCUGGGUCACCGCUUUCUGAAUGCUCUCUUCUUCAUUUUUUGUGAUUUCACUACAUGUACAGCAUGCUUAAAUUGGGCUUAGCUUGGCUGUUGUUAUCAAGAAAUGCACUGAAUAUACAAGAGUUCUCUGGAGGGGACAGACGAAAGGUGUAUCCAAAAUCCUAGCAAAACAUUCAGGAAGUGGAACACCUACUCCUCCCAUCUUUUGUAGAGUUCACUUAUCCAAUCAAUCAGAGAUAAGCUGGUAGAGGUCGUUUAACCAGAAUCUGACCUUGUCGCUUCAUGUCUGAUCGAUGAUGUAUUUCCAGAAGGAGGGAGGAAUUCAUUGAGACAGAACUCAUAAAUGCUUACUCAACUUAAACAAAGGGGAUGAUGAUUUGCCACUUACUGCAUCUCAGCAGUUGUUUUAUUGCAUCUCCUUUUUUGCUACAUCACGCUGCAGUCGCUGCUCUCAGUCCCACAGCAUGUACAGAGGGGACCGAGGCUUUGCGCUAUUAAGAUGGCUGCAGUGGAAGCUGCAGUAGGAUUUUCCUGAGAUGUGCAAGUCUUUUGAGAUGCUGCCAAAAUGCCAUGAAACCCGUGCUCUAUCAACUAAUAUACAUAAUGUAAUAAUAAAUAAUGUAACGAUAAAUGUAACGGAAUUUAUUUUUUCUAUGCUUUGUAGAGAGAUCGAGUGUAGAUAAAUAUGUAAAUGUCUAUAAAUAUGUGACUUCUAUUGUGCAAGUGCUCAAGAUGAUAAAAAAAAAAUGUUUACAGUUACAUCAGUGAGACGGUUCGAGGGAUUGGAUAUGCAAAUGUUGAUAUGUGAUGUAUUAUAGUCCUUCAGCUUUGAAUUUGAGGGCAAUGAUGUUGAUUCUGGCUUGGCGGUGCAUACUGUAUUUAUGGUGAAUAAAAACACGUACUAAAUUUUA